CGUUUAUGUAGAUGAAUCAACGAGUUGACAACGGCGAGCAACGACGUUCAUCGAGUAUUGUUAAUAGAAAGCGGUAAAAAAUUUGAAUUUUUCUGAGAUAAAAUCUAUCAAAAGCAUUCGAUAGAGUUGUGCAAAAAAUUUCUCUUUGAAUGCGUAUUUGGAGUUAAGAAUUUUACGGUACUUGGAAUUUUUAACGCCGAUUCUUGACGGUUCAUCAUUGAAAAGAGUGAAGAACUAGGCAUUGGAUUCUGCGACGAAGUCGUGAAAAAGUGUAAGAAGAAGAAAUAAAAGCGACAGCAGCGCUGCGGUCGGGAAACGACAACGACAUUAUUGCCGGAGCAGAAGCAAAAGCAGCAGUAGAGGCGAAACGUUUGUCAAAGAGAAAAAAUUCGUAGUAGAGAAAAGUAAAAAAUUGAAUUUCGGAAGCGCAGGCGACGACGAAAAAUAAAAAGGUGUAAAACGCUAAAAACUGCUGUUUCAGGACGACGCCAGUAAAUAACUAAAUAAGAUUUCAGAAGAAUCUAAUCUAAAGAACUAAAUCGAGAUUUACUAAGCUAUCGAACAGAAUGUCUGAACGUGAAAAUAAUGUGUACAAGGCCAAAUUGGCUGAACAGGCUGAACGUUAUGACGAAAUGGUCGAAGCUAUGAAAAAGGUCGCAUCCCUAGAUGUUGAAUUAACUGUCGAAGAGCGCAACCUGCUUUCCGUCGCCUAUAAGAAUGUAAUUGGUGCACGACGUGCUUCAUGGCGUAUAAUAACCUCUAUUGAACAAAAGGAAGAAAACAAAGGGGCCGAGGAGAAGCUUGAAAUGAUUAAAACCUACCGCGGGCAGGUGGAGAAAGAACUACGAGAUAUUUGUUCCGAUAUUCUGAAUGUUUUAGAGAAGCAUCUCAUUCCAUGCGCCACUACAGGCGAGAGCAAAGUAUUUUAUUAUAAGAUGAAAGGCGAUUAUCAUCGCUAUUUGGCAGAGUUUGCUACUGGUUCGGAUCGCAAGGACGCGGCAGAGAAUUCGCUGAUUGCUUACAAAGCUGCCAGCGAUAUUGCAAUGAACGAUCUGCCGCCAACACACCCCAUUCGCUUAGGUUUGGCGUUGAACUUCUCGGUAUUCUACUAUGAAAUUCUCAAUUCGCCGGAUCGCGCUUGCAGACUAGCGAAAGCAGCUUUCGACGAUGCCAUUGCUGAGCUAGAUACCUUAAGCGAAGAGAGCUACAAAGAUUCCACACUAAUUAUGCAAUUGCUGAGGGAUAAUCUUACAUUAUGGACGUCUGAUAUGCAGGCCGAUGGUGAUGGCGAGCAGAAACCGGAGAUUCAAGAUGUCGAGGAUCAGGAUGUGUCGUAAUUUAAGUAACCCCCCAUCUUACUUAAUUCUAAAACUCCUCUAUAUACCUUUUCCUACUGUAAUA